GCCUGGCUAACAAUAGCCGGGGAUCGGCAAGUUUAGACCACUGUUAUUAAGACCAAGAGGGCGACAGAGCGGAGAGGAGCUGAGCCGAGAGGAGAGCAGAGUUUGCCGAAUACAUGAGACGGUGUGUCCCGGUGUCGGAAAUUAUCACCCAGCAUUCUGGAAUUUACAUUAGCCUCCAGACAAGUGGCUGAAGGUUGAAUCUGUCCCUCGGCCUUUCUGUGAGAGGAGUGACCCAGACACCACAGUGACAGGAGUGGCCGGCUGCAGCUUCGCAGAAGAUGUCUGAUAAUGGGGAGGUCGAGGACAAGCCCCCAGCUCCACCUAUGAGGAACACUAGCACCAUGAUUGGCUCCUCCAACAAGGACCCCGCCCCCCUCAACCACGGGUCCAAGCCCCUCCCACCAAACCCAGAGGACAAGAAGAAGAAAGAUCGCUCAAUCCGAUUCAUCCUGACCGGAGGAGGUGAUAAGACGUAUAAGAAAAAGGAGCGUCCGGAGAUUUCUCUGCCAUCUGAUUUUGAACACACCAUCCAUGUCGGCUUUGACGCUGUUACUGGGGAGUUUACUGGCAUGCCAGAGCAGUGGGCCCGGCUCCUGCAGACAUCCAACAUCACCAAACUGGAGCAGAAGAAGAAUCCUCAGGCCGUCCUCGAUGUUUUAAAGUUCUACGACUCUAAAGAAACGACCAACAGCCAGAAAUACAUGAGCUUCACAGAUAAAAACGCAGAUGCCUACAGCUCCUCCACCACAACGAUCGCCAAGGCUGUGUCUGAGACGCCCGCCAUAGCAACCGUAUCCGAGGAUGAGGACGAAGAUGAGGCUGAGCCGCCGCCGGUGAUUGCCCCACGACCAGAACACACCAAAUCAAUAUACACUCGCUCAGUGAUCGAGCCCCUCCCUCCUCCUCCCACCAAAGAUGCUGCGACCUCCCCCAUCUCCCCACCGACCGCUGCAGCGGCUGCCGUCACCCCCGCCCCCCCUUCGGAAGGAGCUCCCAGCAGCCCUCCCAGUGCAAGCCCCGCCCCCGGGCCCUCCUUGCCCCGCCCUCAGGACAAAACCAGGAAGAAGAAGAUGUCGGAUGAGGAGAUCCUGGAGAAAUUACGGACAAUUGUAAGUGUUGGAGACCCCAAGAAGAAAUAUACACGCUUUGAGAAGAUUGGACAGGGGGCGUCUGGGACGGUUUACACAGCUAUUGACAUCGCUACUGGACAGGAGGUUGCCAUUAAACAAAUGAACCUUCAGCAGCAGCCGAAGAAAGAACUGAUCAUCAACGAGAUUCUGGUGAUGAGGGAAAACAAGAACCCAAACAUCGUCAACUACCUGGAUAGUUACUUGGUGGGCGACGAGUUGUGGGUGGUGAUGGAGUACCUGGCUGGAGGUUCAUUGACUGACGUCGUCACGGAAACCUGCAUGGAUGAGGCCCAGAUAGCUGCUGUGUGCAGAGAGUGUCUGCAGGCGUUGGAGUUCCUCCACUCGAACCAGGUCAUCCAUCGAGACAUCAAGAGUGACAACAUCCUGCUGGGCAUGGACGGCUCCGUCAAACUCACUGACUUUGGGUUCUGUGCCCAGAUCACCCCAGAGCAGAGUAAACGCAGCACUAUGGUCGGGACCCCGUACUGGAUGGCUCCGGAGGUUGUGACCCGAAAAGCCUACGGUCCCAAAGUGGACAUCUGGUCCCUGGGCAUCAUGGCCAUAGAGAUGGUUGAGGGGGAGCCGCCUUACCUGAACGAAAAUCCACUCAGGGCGCUGUAUCUCAUAGCAACCAACGGGACACCAGAGCUCCAGAACCCGGAGAAACUGUCGACGAUAUUCAGAGACUUCCUGAACCGAUGUCUGGAGAUGGACGUGGAGAAGAGAGGCUCGGCUAAAGAGCUACUGCAGCAUCAGUUUCUGAAGAUGGCGAAGCCUCUCUCCAGUCUGACUCCUCUCAUUGUGGCUGCCAAGGAAGCCGCCAAGAACAACCGCUAGCUAGCCUUGCACUCAUCAUUUUGUCUGUCUAUCCCUCUUUCUCUCUCUACCAUCCCUCCUUCCUCUCUCUUCUCCUUUUCUUUGUCGGGAGAUGGCGAUGGCUGCUGGCUGGGUUACGUAACCAGUCCUUCUCUCCCGUCUUCUUCUUUUGUCUUUCGUAACCUGCACCAACUGCUCCUUCACCCUGUAACCUUUGAGCCCAAACUAGACCUCCCCAGUACCCCCCCCCCCCACCCCCACCCCCACCCCCACCCCCACCCCACCGCAUCCCCUGUUUCUCUCACAGGGAGACAGAAGGGCAGUUUCUUCCUGUAACUUCUUCUUUCGACACUCCGCUGGACUCAGACAAGAAGACGGGGGAAUAACUGAAUGACAUCAUCAGUUGAUCUGUGAUCAAGUGAUGUCAUUGCUGACAUCACCGCCCCCCCAACCGGUAUGAACAACCUGAUAUGGGAUAGAAAGGGUUUCAACAGAGCCCAAGGACUCAUGGGAGUUUUUUUUUUUAAAUCAGUGUUUGUUUGUUUUUUCUACCUUGUCUGUAAACCCCCCAAACACACACACACACAAACACACAUACACACACACACACACACACACACACAUACACACCAUAACAGCCAACCAGCACCCUCUGCUGCAGACUGUAGUGGUCGUGUGUGUGUGUGUCUGUGUGUGUGUGUGUGUGUGUGUGUGUGCGUCAGUCAGUCAUCUAUUUGUUUCAGUUGGACAUAUUUCAUCAUCUUCUAAAAGUGCAUUCGUUGAUUUUCAUUUGAUCAUGCAUUUUUUUAAAUCAACUUUUCUGUGCGUGUGUGUGUGCGUGUGUGUGUGUGUGUGUGUGUGUGUGUGUGUGUGUGUGUGUGUGUGUGUGUGUGUUUGUGUGUGUCACUGGGGGGAUGUUGGGAUAUUACUUAAGUUGAUUGUAGCGUUACCCUCUGUAGUUGUGGACACGAGGAGGGGAGGUGUGGUACUGUGUCGUGUCUGCAGUGUGAGCUGUGAGCUAGAGAAUAUUAAUAUUAAUUAUCCUGAGGAAACACUGGGUGCCCAGAGCUGAUGGACUGAGUUUGCACGUGAGAGGCUUUCGCCUUUAAAAAAAAAACAAAACAAAAAAAACAACCAUUUCGACUGGAUGAUGUCUUUCCACCAGAUCCACCCAAUCAGGUUUUAAAAGCAACAUUUUCUUCUGCUCUAGACGUUUAUACUUUCAUUAGGCUUUAGUGUGAAGUAAAGCAUUGACCGUUGCUGAUAUAAAGAGCGGAAAUUAAACUGGAAGUUCAAAACCUCAUUCAAAAUCCCACUGAUAUUUGUAAUUAUGCUAAACUCCAGCCUUUGUGGCUCGUUUCAUGUUAAGAUGAGGAUGGUAGCUUUUUGAAAAAUUUUGUAAUUUUGUUGUUUACUCAAUAUUUAUGUUUUUUAGCAGUCUUUAACAAACACUAUUUCUCAGUAGCCUGAAGUUUUAGUCUCUAAAAGCUUAAAAUCCAACACUUGAAGAGAGCGCUGGUGAGAUUUAUGGAUGUUAUAACAUGAGUACCUGUGUACUCUUUUUUUUUUUUUCCUUUUUUCAUCUGCCCUCACAAAGUCAUUGUAGUUUUAAGAUUUGCAUUUCUUCUAACAGCUGCUGUAGUGGAGCCAAUUCGUCUUAGAAUAUGGAAAGUUAACUCCAGGAGCACGUUUCAUCUUUACAGACAGACAGACAGAUGAAAGACAUGCUGAAUGACAGAUGGCACACCGAGUUAAAGAAGCCACAGGAACAGAGGCUAAUGACCCAGCCAUGAUGUCAGGCUCUCAGCUGGAGCAGCGUUUCCCAGUGUACGGAGGCCUGCAGGGCUCAAAAUCACACUCAGGUUUACUCAAGAGUUUUUCUUAUCGCUGUCAGAGAAGCUGGAUGCUGAUAGAGGAGAGGUCUGAUAAAAGCACAGACAGUGAAGAGAGGCAGCUGUUGUUUUUUUUUUAAAUUACAAAUGAAUAUUCUUUAUUUAAGCAUAAUCAACCCAUGUAGCAUUGCACUCCUACACUAUUGUCUGACUCAGAAACAAUGAUUAUCAAUGCAGCAGAUCUAUUUUAUUCCACGUAUUUGACUUCGUUGUCAGAACAAAUUAAUCACAGUAAACAUGAAGGUGUUGAAACUGAAACUGACAAAAGACCGCUGUGACUUCCAGCUGUCAACAGCUGGAAGUGAGCUUUAGCUUGAAACACUUAAAAGCUAAUAUGGUGUGAAAAAGUUGGAUUUUAACAGUGAAAUCUCCUAUUUUCUACUUGUACACAUUCAAAAUCAGCUCAGUAUAGUCAGAAUCAGAAAUCUAAACAUCUAAGUGUACACACAAACAACUUUACUGUGAUGUGACCAAGAAAAACAAGUUGUUAAGCCAUGGUCCAUAACAACCCCCCCCGCCAAACUCACUCCAUCUGCAGCUCUGGGACUUCACUGUCUGCAGGCGCGAUGCGAAGACUGUGAGGGAGAGAAUGUGCAUGUCAACAAGCUUUUUGUAAACGGUACGUUAAAGAUAGAGAAAAAAAAAAAGUGAAAUGAGUUGUGAUAAUGUUGAAACAUGUAGUGACGAUACAUGAAGGAUGCUUGUGUACAAUAGGAAAGAUUAUAUGUCAAUCCUAUUUUCAGAAGAAUGAGACGAAUAAAUUCUACGAUGGUACAACAUGUUUGUUUCUGCCUGGAGGACUGUCACAUCCCAGGAACCCUCUGAACGUAAGCUGUAUAUUUUACAUGCGAAACACAAAAAAGAAAAAAAAAACUGCAUUGAUGACAAAAAACAACAACAACAAUCUGUUUCAACUUUUGUUUACGGACUGAGUUUUCUUUUUUAGAACUGAUCAGUGUCAGAUAAUGACUUCACCACCUGUUCUUGAUCGAGUAUUUGUUUUGGAUCUAUUUCUGCUGAAUCAAAGGAACAGAGUUUUUCUUGUCCUGUAACUGAUGGGUCACAGGUUCAAAUCCUGCAAGAGCCAAAGUUUCCAUCAACAGCCACGGUUAAUUGCUCUGCAUCCGAGUGUCGGAUGAGAAACACACCUGCAAUGUAAAUACCCAAAAUCAAUCUCCAAGCUCUCACUUUGAUUUCUGUUCUUAGCUGUUGUUGUUUUUUUUUUUAUGUAGUGUUAAUGUACCUCUGGCCUUAAACUGUUUCAAAGGUGCAGGACUACUUUAAUAACAGUCUGACGGCAACAACACACCGGCAACAUUUUGAGGCAGCAGUGAAUUAUCUAAAUUUAUGGCUCCAACUAAUGAUUAUUGUGAUUGUCUGAAUCUGCUGAUUAUUUUCUUUGUCAAUUGAUUCAUCUUAACGUUUCUGAAAUAUCAAAAAUAGUGAAACUGUUCAUCACAAUUUCCUGCAUUGUGUAACCAACAAUUCAAGCUCAAAGAUAUUCACUUCACAGUCAUAGUCCUUGCAAUGAAAACACUUUGAUUAUUGAUUAUCAAUCAACUAAUCGUUGCAGUGCUGCACCAAGAUCAGCACGUUUCUCGGUCAUCAUAACUGCGGUCACAGAUUUGAACUCAGCCAGUGUGAGCAGUGACUGCUGAAGUGUCUUUGAGCACAGGGCUGUUUGCACCGGCUGCAGCACAGAGAACAAAAGCUGUGAAGAUGAUAAACGUCUCAAACCUGCCUGAGACUGUUGCCACUGUGUGUGUUUUUGUGUCCUGGUCUGAACCUCCAGCACAGAGCUGAACUGGACUUGAAGGACUAUCCUCUAGUUUUCCAGUUUGUUUUCUCUCAGUUUGCUCUGUGGCAGAGUUGUCUGAAAACCAGGUGAAUUCUGUAAGUAGUUUAGAGUUUUGCUUUCAAUAAACACUCUUCAAAAUAGAAAGCAACAUUAAACAAUUUUAUCGAGUAUUCUCAAGAGCUGUCUGUCAGUGGGGGGAAAAAAAACAAAAAAAAAAAACGCAGGAAUGAUCCUUUAACAAUCCUUUAAAAAGGGCUAUUUGUAAGUUUUCUCUGCCGCUGAACAUGGCUGAACUUGCCAGGAGUGGACGGUGGUGUAUGGAAGCCGAGAAAGGCCAUACUUGCAAAUCAUUUUUUAUCCUGUUAACUCGAGAAAACAAAGCUCUGUUAUCUCGAGAUAACGGGAUAAUAAAAACAAUUGCGAGUAUGGCCUUUCUCUGCUUCCGUUAUGGCGCCAUACAAGAGGUUAUAAUUCACCUGAAGCAGCGCUACGUCUUCAGGGCAGACUGGACUGGGGCUAGCUGAUAGCAUGCUAACUUUAGUAGAAGAAAAGCAGUGAUAGAAAUUGAAGUAAAUCGAGAGUCAACAUUGGCAUUGCUUCCCACUCUUGCUUCCUGCUCUCGGUGAGUAAAGGAAUGACACUUGAUGCUGAACUCGUAACAUUUCUUCUCGAGUGGUAAGUAAACAGCUGUUAAUGCUAACGUUGGCUAUAUAGCAAUCGCAAAACUUACAAAUAGCUCCUUUAAACAUUGGUAAAAGUUUACUUUCACCAUGCAGUGGCACUUUGAUGGUGUCAUAUCAAUGUGACAAUGAAAACAUUGGCUACCCACCAAGAUGUGUGUUGAUGCGAUGGAUCGUACCCAACUGUAUGAUUAACACUUCAGAUUGACGAGACUGCUGCAGUGUUCCAGAUGAGUGUCACUAUGUUAUAAAUGUUGGAUAAAAUGUUAAAUAAGGUACUACAACUUUUAGCUACUCUAAAAUAACCCUAACCCCACCUGCAUGGCACUCAGAGAAGACAGCAGCUCCACUGAUGUGUUCCUCUUAUCUGAUGUUCUUCUGUCGACCUCUGAUAGGUUUUUGUUGGUGUAUUUCAAAUACUAAGAAUAAUUACUGGAUGGAGCCAUUUGUUUUUUUAAAUUCCACAAGCCUGAAAAUUUAACAAAAAUAUGCAGCAUCUUAUUGUCAGGUACUUCACCUUUCUUCAACCCAUCUGAAAGACUCUCAGAGACUACCACUUGUACAAAGCAACAUCCAUGCGCCCCCUGCAGUCACAGGUUAUGGUGGUCGCAGCGUGCGGUGCAACACCGGCUUUAUUGUAAACUCAAAGUGGUCUCGGUCCUGAUCGCUUCACACAGUCCGACUACAACUUUGUCAAAGCUGGGAACUCACAUCCUCAUGACCUAACACCACCACAGGUACUGGAUUAAAGAAAGACCAUCUUUGGUAUGAAGUUAUCUAAGGCGUUAACUAGUUUAGAACUAGUAAGUUUACUUUAUGUUACAGCAGCUCACGCUCUUGAUGCUUCAGUGGUGAAAAGUUGGUAAAGCAGUGAUGCCUGUUAGUAAAAAUGAUCACACUAAACCUGAGGACCUUUGCUGUGUUGGGCUGGAAGUUGAUUCAUAAAUUCAUAAGGAAAAUACAACUUUUCACCAAACUACAUAAUAUGAAAUAUGUUAUUGAUGAUAUCGUUUGGAUCCAUAAUUUGCAUUCACAUAAUGACGUGUCAAGAUUCGUUGUACAAAUAGCAGUCAGCCAUCCUCAGAAUACCGAUAAUGGGAGUGCCACUGCAGUUUAUACAAGACUGGAUUUUGAAUUGUUUCCCUGUGCAAAACUCAGCAUCAGUUUCCUUUGCCUUUAGCUACACACGAGAGCUCUGCUUCACCUGCAAAGUGUCAGUCAAAGAGACACAAAACAACAUGUGUGUAGAUGUUUUGUGUCUCUUUUAGUCUGGGUGUCUCUGCCCCUGUGUUGGGGGGCGGGGGCCUUUUAUGUGUCUGUGCCCAGGGAACCGUCCAUGAUCGUCCAAUGUGACCAUUUUAUACCUGCCAAGAUAAACUACCAUUCCCAAAUAAAGAUCACAACAACAAUGUGAUGAUCGUCUCAUUCAGCCUCUUUAGGAAACUGCUGCUGACUUGAUGAUGUGUUACAGAUACACUGCUGCACCUUUGGUAAACAUAAUGAUUUUACUGUGUGAAGUGACCAUCGCGUAGCAGCGGAAAGGAGGAUUCAGACUUGGUACAGUCCAAAGGGGCCUGGUUCAGUCCAGGAUGAGACGGUCAAAUGACGUCUCCACUCCACAUUGUAUCAGAGCCAUAAUUUCUGUUUAUAAGUCAUUUUGAUUAUUUGAAACAACUCUGAAAAAUGAAAGAAUAAAUCUGUACAAAAACUGAAA